AUGGGGCACGUGGAGCUACGGGAUCCCGGUGCCGACGCGGAGCUGGAGCAGCGCCGUUGGGUGCCUCGAGCUCAGCUCCAGCCUCAGCACCAACGUCCUCGUGAGCGACCGGUGCUGGAGGAGAUGCCGCCCUUCCCCGAGCGCGAGUCGUCCAUCCUGGCCAAGCUCAAGAGGAAGAAGGGCCCCGGGGGGGGCCCCCGAGGGGGGGGCCCCGAGCUCAACGGGGGGGGCCGAGCCCCCCCCCCAGCACCGCCUGAGCCCAACCUGCUGGUGCGGGCGUGCAACCAGCUGGGGCAGUUCCUGCAGCACCGGGAGACCAACCUGCGCUACCUGGCGCUGGAGUCCAUGUGCGCCCUGGCCGGCUCCGAGUUCUCCCACGAGGCCGUCAAGACCCACAUCGACACCGUCAUCGCGGCCCUCAAGACGGAGCGGGACGUGAGCGUGCGGCAGCGCGCGGCCGACCUCCUGUACGCCAUGUGCGACCGCGGCACCGCCCAGCAGAUCGUGGCCGAGAUGCUGAGCUACCUCGAGACGGCCGACUACGCCAUCCGCGAGGAGAUCGUGCUGAAGGUGGCCAUCCUGGCGGAGAAGUACGCGGUGGAUUACAGCUGGUACGUGGACACCAUCCUCAACCUGAUCCGCAUCGCCGGCGACUACGUCAGCGAGGAGGUCUGGUACCGCGUCAUCCAGAUCGUCGUCAACCGCGACGACGUCCAGGGCUACGCCGCCAAGACUGUCUUCGAGGCCCUGCAGGCGCCCGCGUGCCACGAGAACAUGGUCAAGGUCGGGGGCUACGUCCUGGGGGAGUUCGGCAACCUCAUCGCGGGGGACCCCCGCUCCAGGUAGGGGCGUUGGGACCCCCCUCUGGGCAGGGGCGCUGGGACCCCCCUCCU